CAAGUUGGCCCAGCCCAAACAGAAAUCACGCGCAUGAAGAGAGAUAAGAUGGCGCGUCAAAAUCACGCGCUCAACAUACGAACGGUUACGUAUGGCAGACUCUUCCACUUCUUCCACUUCUUCCAUUUCUCAAGGCGCUUUCAAAACAACGAAACCCUCUCAUUUUCGAGCGAAAAUCAAGUUUCAAAAUAUAGAAAUCGUAGUUCGAAAACUGCAUCAAAACACCAUCAACCUCUCUGUGAAGAAUCUGAAGAAAAAACAAACCAAGAAUACUCAACUUUCAGAGAAAAUGGCAGCAAGAAACCAAACUAAAGACCUUAAAUGUGCCACACAUCUUCUGAAUGAUAAGUUCAGAAACAUGACUGAGGAGAAGAAGGCGAUUGUGAGGGAUCUUGGAUUCGGUGGGUUGAUGCACAUCCCACCACUGAGGGUGGAUCACCAACUCUUAAGGGAGCUGGCAAACAACUUCAAACUUGGGGAGAACAAACUGAAGACAGGAUAUGGUUCUUUCCAAAUAACCCCAAAAAAAAUAGGUGAUGCGCUUGGCAUCAAUGCAACAGGAGAUCUAUUUCCUGAGAAAGUUGACUAUAAGAAACUUUCUGAUGAUGACAAAAUAAUUUAUAGAAGAUUCCAGGGUAAGACCCUCAAAAGUCUUACUGAUGAAAUGAUGGAAAUCGGCGUUGGCAACGAAGAGGAACGCCUGAUGUUCAAGAGGAUAUUCAUCCUCUACAUACAGAUGGCGUUCCUUUUGCCAACGACGAUAAACAAAAUAUCGCCCGUGCACUUGGUCCCAAUUUUUAAGAUGGACGGCAUAGAGGAGAGAAACGGGGGGGGGGGGGGGGCAUGUUUUGACCUUCAUGAUCAAGGGCAUAACAGACUAUCAAGAGAAGAAGAAGAAGGCAAUCAAUGGCUGCCUCUUCGCCCUGAUGAUAAUCUACUUUCAUCUUUCAAAAAACAAAGAACACAACAAAAAAAGAAAAAAGUUGUUGUGGAGGAUUCACCUCCUGAAGAAGAUCAAUACUUUGACGGGUACAGUACCUCUGAGAGAUAUGAAAUAUCAAGUGACGAACUUGAUGAAUGGCUAGGGGAAAACGUUCAUAAAUCUGCUGCAGAGGGGGACAACCAAGCUGACCUGCGAUCGACAGAAGGUCGCUAUGUGUCCUCUGAAACGUUGACUCCGAAUGAUUCCAAUAUGAUGGUUGUUACGGAACAAACGCCGUCGGAAGCGCUUAGUCCCGAUCCAGUUUUUGUUCCGGCAUCCCAGCAAACAACCACUGACGCAGAUUCCGAACCAACUCCUAUGCUACAGAUUGAAGGGGCUAGAGAAACCACUCCUGAAACCCCCAAACAACUUCAAGAAACAACACCCAAGCUUCCCCCAGCUCCAACAAAAAUUCAUCCAGACGCAGAGGACGCUGCUGCCCUGUUGAUGAUGGCACGGACAGCAACCUAUGUUCCUAAAACAGAUCCGGGGAUGCCAUCAUUCAGCCUCGGAUUGACAGAUUCAAGCCAGGAGGGGGCGUCGACGCAGGAGACAGAAAGGGAAAAAUCUCCAGAAACUGCAACUAUGCUAGAACAAUUGGACAAGGGAGACUGGGGGGAAAGUUCUGCAAAGUUUGAAACUCCUGGGGGAAUAAAUCAAAUUCCGGAUGAUAUGAAACAAAAGUGCUACAUCUGGGUGACGAGACUGAAGGAAAACGCAGAUGGCAAUACUAACGAGUAUGAGGAGAUGUGCACUCUGAUUGGCCAAGGAGAAUACAUUUUGAUCAGAAUGCACCUUGCAUCCCUCCAGGCAAAAAGUGAUAUAGAAUCUCAGAUUGUAUCUGCCAUCUGCCUCAUCCUAAACCAGAAAAAUGAAAAGAGGUUUCAGGAACAAAUAUACUGUCUCCCGCCUGAUAUUGUGAGCAUGGCACUUUCGGAUCACCCAAGGGGGGAAUUCAUAUCCCCGAAAACGAACAAAGAAUUCAGGGUGGAAGCCUACCCGAGUUUCAUUGAAUUCAUAGAUAGAAAAAAAUUAAGUUCGCAUCCAUAUAUUUUUGCUCCUGUUUGCCACUCGGGACAUUGGUGGUUAUGGCUGAUAAAUACAACAAAGCGGAAAUGUCAAAUACUUGACCCGCUACAUAAAAAAGCUCCAAGCAAUGAGAGAAAGGACAUUAAUAAAUUCACUGGAUAUGUAUUUUCAAGAUUGAUAACAUAUGCCGGCGGGAAACCUCUCGAGAAAGGCGAGAAGGAGAAGGAAAUUAAAGCCUCAUAUGUUAAAAUUUCAGGCCAAAAAACAAGCUAUGACUGCGCUAUCUACGUAAUGAAGUGGCUUGAGUUAAUAGAGCCGGAAAACAUUAAAAAGGGGAAGUAUGAAUGGGAUAAUUGGACACAGGAGGAGGUGGACCACUAUAGAGUGGAGUAUGCUUCUCGGAUACUAUUCAGUGAGAUGAAUACACAGAGAGAUCGGGCAAUUAGAGAGAGUAGUGCUAUAAGGCUGUCGAAGCCAUCCUCUGUAUUAUUGAGUCCGUUUUGUCAGAUUAAUUCUGCUGAUAUAGAAACUGGGUAG